AGUCAGGCUCCUUCAGAGCGAGAACUCAACUUCUGCCUUUCAUUCGGGGCUGGUUCAGCUGCAGUUCGUGUCGACUGCCCAGAGUCCAUGAACUAGCGAACCCGCUUUGGACGGAGAGAUUUUUUCACCCUGCUUUCCUCAUCUUCUCUUGAAGCUGAAAAGCCAUGGCCUACCACAGCUUCCUGCUUGAACCCAUCAGCUGCCACUCCUGGAAUAAGGACAGAACCCAGCUUGCCAUCUGCCCCAACAACCACGAGGUCCACAUCUACAAGAAAGCUGGGGAAAAGUGGAACAAGGUCCAUGAGCUGAAGGAGCACAACGGGCAGGUGACAGGCAUUGACUGGGCCCCCGAUAGCAACCGCAUCGUGACCUGCGGGACCGACCGGAACGCCUACGUGUGGACCCUAAAGGGCAAUGUCUGGAAACCCACCCUGGUUAUCCUGAGGAUCAACCGCGCCGCCCGCUGCGUGAAGUGGUCCCCCAAGGAGAACAAGUUUGCUGUGGGUAGCGGCUCCAGGGUCAUCUCCAUCUGCUAUUUCGAGCAGGAGAACGACUGGUGGGUUUGCAAGCACAUCAAGAAGCCCAUUCGCUCGACCGUCCUCAGCCUGGACUGGCACCCCAAUAACGUCCUGCUGGCCGCCGGCGCCUGCGACUUCAAAUGCAGGAUUUUCUCGGCCUACAUUAAGGAAGUGGAGGAGAGGCCGUCCCCCACGCCGUGGGGCUCCAAGAUGCCCUUUGGGGAGCUGAUGUUUGAGUCGAGCAGCAGCUGCGGCUGGGUCCACAGCAUCUGCUUCUCUGAAAGCGGCAACCGCGUGGCGUGGGUCGGCCACGACAGCACCGUCUGCCUCUGGGACGCCAACAAGAAAACGGCUGUCACCUCGUUGUCUGUGGAGACUCUGCCGUUCCUAGCGGUCACCUUCAUUACCGAGAACAGCCUGGUGGCAGCGGGCCACGACUGCUACCCGAUGCUCUUCACCUACGACGAGAGCCAGGGCUCGCUGACCUUUGGCGGGAAGCUGGACGUCCCCAAGCAGAGCUCCCAGCGUGGCCUGACCGCUCGCGAGCGCUUCCAGAACCUGGAUAAGAAAGCCAGCACCGAGACCAACAACGUCACGCUGGAAACGCUGCACAAGAACAGCAUCAGCCAGAUUUCCGUGAUUGCCGGUGGCAAAGCCAAGUGUACCCAGUUCUGCACCACAGGAAUGGACGGGGGGCUAAGCAUCUGGGAUAUCAAGAGCCUGGAGUCCGCACUGAAGGAUCUCAAGAUCAAGUGACGGAGCCUGUCGGGAAAGGCCAUUUGCAGCACCGCCAGCCUCGCUCUCUUAUUCCAAUUCUGCUUGCUUUUUUUUCCUGUAAGAUGUUGAGUUCAGAUCAAGACGACUGAUAGUUGCAGAUACACAUCUCCCCUGGCAGCGGUACAACUGCCUGGGCUCAAAGGCACUUGGGAGACUUGUCAGCUGAAGUAAAUUAAGUACAAAGAAAUUAAGUAGUAUUUUUAAGACUUUUUUACAUUUUAAAACAAUGCACCUAUGCUGGUCAUAAAUUGCUUAAAGAAACAGAAAAUAAAGUGUCUUUUUCAUGUAAA